GCCAGACUGGCCGUCCUUGAACUAGUAGAGUUAAGAUUCCAUUUGCGCGGCAAUCAGCGUAGCGAGCGCAGCCUUUCUGCUCUGGCAUUUCCUCGCCUGGCACUAGCCUGUCUGUCUGGCCUGCCGUCGCUUGUCUUCCAGCCUCUCGCUGAUCGUGCUUGCUCAUUUCUUUCAUUUCGCCUAGCGCGGCGCCCUUGCUACGAAGCAAUAAAAACUCCCGCCGGCCGCCAUCCAGCUUUUUCCUCCAUCCCAUCCCAUCUCUUGAAAAUCACAGGACUUUUCCACUCUUCCAUCUCCAUCUCCAUCCCAUCAGCAAACACCUUUGUUCAUCCAAACAGUCCCCUUUGACCUACCAUCAACAUGUCUGAAGUCGCAAAGCCUGUUGAGGAGCCUGUUGCUGCUCCUGAAGCUCCUGUCGAAGCUCCAGCUGCUGAGGCUGCUCCCGUUGAGACCACAGAGGCCGCAACUGAAGUACCUGCAGCCACUGAGCCAGCAACGACGGAGGAAGCUCCUGCUGCCCCAGCUAAGGAGGAGGCAAAGCCGCCUGCGGAGGACGGUACUCUUGGCUACAAGGGACCUGGCCUGCUCAAGAGCUUCAUCUUCCAGAAGAAGUUUUUCUGGUUCGGAACUGAGCCUGUUGAGCACAAGUCUCUUGCAAGCUAUCUUCGCGGCGAGAAGCAGCAAGAAGUUGCCAACAAGAACGCUGCCUGGUCAUCACAUACCGGAAAGGGUCUCUUGUACUUUAGCAAGAAGCCCACUGAGAAGGCCACUCCAGCUGGCAUCAUCAACCUGUCCGAAGUUUCCGAUCUCACCCCAGAUGGCACUGUCGAUUUCUCAUUCAGCCUUGGCGGACACAAGCACACUUUCCAAGCAACCACCCUCUCUGAGCGUGACAGCUGGCUCGUCGCUUUGAAAACAAAGAUCGAGGAGGCCAAGGAACUUGCAAAAACCGUCCCCGAGACCGAGGAAUACAAGAAGAGCCACAGCGAGUUGACGAAGCCAGUCGUUGCCGCUGCUGCCGUACCAAAGAAGAGCGUUGACGUCAAGGAGGAGAAGGCCGAGGCCAAGGAGGAGAACAAGGAAGAGAAGAAGGAAGAAAAGAAGGAGGCUCGCAAGAGCCGAAGCGCAUCCCGCAAGCGCAACUCCAUCUUUGGUAGCUUCGGGCUUGGAAAGAAGGAAGAGAAGCCUGAGGUUGCCAAGGAAGACACCCCAGUUGCACCAACCACUGAGGAGCCUGCUGCUCCAGUUGAGCCCGUUGUUGCUGAGCCUGUCGUUGCUGCUCCAGAGACCACUGAAGCCGCCCCAGCAACCGAGCCUGUCGCUGCUCCGACCGAGACCAAGCCAGCUCCUUCAAAGCGCAACAGCAUCUUUGGAAGCCUCAAGUCUUCGUUCGGCAAGGAGAAGAAGGCCUCCACUGAGGCCCCAGUCGUUCCUCCCAAGGAUGCUGAGCCAGUGAGCGAGACUGCUCCCGUCAUUCCCCCAGUCGAGACCAGCGAGACACCCGUCGUCGCCGAGACCGAGGCCGCUCCCACCACCAACGGGGAGACCAAGGUUGCCACUGAGACCCCGGCUCCUAAGACCCGCAAGCAGUCCCUCCCAUGGUUGAGCAAGAAGGAGAAGCCAGCCACCAGCGACGAGGAGGUCGAGAAGCCAAAGUCCCCGUUCGCCAAGCUCCGCGAUACUGUCAAGGGCAAGACCUCUCCCAGGGCUCCGAAGGCCGAGAAGCCAGCCGAAGCCGCCAAGGAAGAGACCGCCGCUCCCGCUGAUGCCACCCCAGCUCCAGCUGCUGAAGAGCCCGUUGUCUCUGAGCCUGUCCCAGUUGUCCAGCAGACCCCUGCCCCGGUUGCCGCCUCUGCAUAAAUUCGCAACUCACCUUUCGAAUCGCAUGGUUUUCAGUGAUGGAGGAACGAGUUCAUUGUCGUCGGGAAAACGGAUCUCCUUGAAAUACCCCAAGAUUGUUGAUUGAUUGAUACCACUCUCAUUUUUUUGCAUUACUGUUGUCGUUGUCGUUGGUCGCGCUGCAUUUCUGCUGCGUAUUGAUACCCCUAUACCCAGAC